GGCGCGGGGAUGGCGGGCUCCGGGAGCGAGGCCCGCUUCGCGGGGCUGUCGCUGGUGCAGCUCAACGAGCUGCUGGAGGACGAGGCGCAGCUGGCGGACAUGGUCCAGAAGAUGGAGGAGACGCAGAACCUGCAGCUCAGCAAGGAGAUGACACUCACCAGCAACCGGAGCCUGGCCGAAGGGAACCUGCUGUACCAGCCCCAGCUGGACUCACUGAGAGCCAGCCUGUCCCAGAAAUACCAGGAGCUGCAGCUGCUCUUUGACGCCUAUCAGAUAAAGAAGACCAGACUAGACCGACAGUCCAACAGCGCUUCCUUAGAGACCCUCCUGGCACUUCUUCAAGCCGAAGGGGCCAAGAUUGAGGAAGACACAGAGAACAUGGCAGAGAAGUUUCUGGAUGGAGAGGUGCCCCUGGACUCCUUCAUUGAUGUCUAUCAGAGCCGACGGAAACUGGCGCACAUGCGCAGAGUGAAGAUCGAGAAGUUCCAGGAGCUGGUGCUAAAGGGGCAGAGACUCCCGCCAGCCUCCGCCCCUCUGCCACCCCCCCGGCUGCCUGCGCCUGCCACCCCCCUGUCCUGCCCCAUGCUCGACACCAGUGGACCGCCUGCCGUGGCUGCCCGCCGCCUGCCCCCUCCACCGCCACCAGUGCUGGCAGGACGUUUGGCCACCCCGUUCACAGCAGCCGCGGGCUCAGGACAGGCCCUUCCAUAUCCUGGGUUGCAGUGCCCCCCGCUGCCUCCCCGGGUGGGCCUCCCCACCCAGCAGGGCUUCUCACCGCAGUACGUGUCGCCCUACCCCCCAGCCCUCCCACAGCGACCCCCACCCCGGCCGGGUUUCAUCCUGCAGUGAGCGCCAGCCCACCCGAGGCCCGGCUGCACAUCUGGUGUGGAGUGGUGGGUCUGUGGGCAGUGGUUCUGUUCACGGCUAUGCGGCCUGGCGUCAGUUGGGUGGGUCCGGGUGCAGAGCCGUCUAGACACCGCUGUGACGGAGCCUGGCUCCCCCGUGCCCUCUCCAGUAGACUGGUGCCUGUGCAGC